UAAAAGAGAAGAAAGGAAACUGCAAAACCACCAUGGCUGACAUUUUCAUGUUCCUCCCUGCUUGGUUUUUCUAAAUUAGACGUUUCUUUUAUUGAUGGUUUGGAGUGCCACUUUUAUAACAGGCUUCUUUCAUUUCCAUACUAUACCAUACCAUUAAGACCUUGGAAUGCAUGGAGUGAGGGGCUGGUUCCCAAAGUGACUUUCGCGUCUGUGUUAGCAGUUCCAGCCAAGUUCCCUUUAAUGUAUGGAGCAGGCUAAGCUGAACUGGAUCUCAGAAUAACACAGAAGUAAAACGCAGCUGCUGCUUUAAGUGGCAGUGUGUAUUAAUCGGACUCUGCUGUUUACUGGGACUCAAGUGCCAGAACCGGUGCGUGCUCAAGCAUUAUAUGAAAUCUGAAAGCAUGAGGAUAAAGGAGAUUUCUUUACGGCAAGACCCUGAUCUGCGAAAGGAAUUGGCAUUGCUGGCUCGAGGGUGUGAUUUUGUUCUGCCUUCCAGAUUCAAGAAAAGACUCAAAGCUUUCCAACAGGUCCAGAUUCAGUCAAAGAAAGAAGAACCUUUGACACCGUCUUUGAGCCAAACCAUUCCAACAUUUUAUUUUCCUCGAGGAUGUCCACAAGAAAAAGUGAAUAUUGAUGCUGUCAUUGCAAAAGUAGAGAAAACUUUCUCUCAGUUUCCAAAUGAGAGAGCAACAUUAGAAGACAUGGGGAAAGUUGCCAAGGCAUGUGAAUGCCCUCUCUAUUGGAAAGGCCCAUUGUUUUAUUGUGCUGGAGGAGAACGAACAGGAUUUGUAUCAGUGCAUAAAUUUGUUGCAAUGUGGCGAAAGAUACUACAGACUUGUCAUGAUGCUGCUGCGAAGUUUGUUCAUCUUUUAAAGAGUCCUGGAUAUAACUAUUUGGUACAAGAAGACUUCAUUCCACUUUUGCAAGAUGUAGUCAAUAGUCACCCUAGCCUUGUGUUCUUAAAAGAGGCAUCAGAAUUUCAUUCUCGAUACAUUACCACAGUAAUACAGAGGAUAUUUUAUACUGUAAAUAGAUCCUGGUCAGGAAGAAUCACUUGUAAUGAGCUUAGAAAAAGCAGCUUUUUGCAGAAUGUGGCAAUGUUGGAAGAAGAAGUGGAUAUUAACCAGCUGACAGAAUACUUUUCUUAUGAGCACUUUUAUGUAAUUUACUGCAAAUUUUGGGAGCUGGAUACCGACCAUGACCUUUAUAUUGAUGCAAAGGAUUUAGCACGGCAUAAUGAUCACGCCAUAUCUAAUCGUAUGAUAGAGAGGAUUUUCUCAGGAGCUGUAACAAGGGGCAAGAAAGCACAAAAAGAAGGGAAAAUCAGCUAUGCAGAUUUUGUAUGGUUUUUAAUAUCUGAAGAAGACAAAAAGACAAUAACCAGCAUUGAAUACUGGUUCCGUUGCAUGGAUCUUGAUGGGGACGGUGUUUUGUCUAUGUAUGAGCUGCAGUACUUUUAUGAAGAGCAAUGUCAAAAACUGGACAAUAUGGCUAUCGAACCUCUGCCAUUUGAAGACUGCCUUUGUCAGAUGCUCGAUCUUGUGAAACCAGAGCAUGAAGGGAAAAUAACUCUUCAUGACUUAAAGAGGUGUAAGAUGGCAAAUGUGUUUUUUGAUACCUUUUUCAACAUUGACAAAUACUUAGAUCAUGAGCAGAAGGAUCAGUUUUCUAUAUUGCGGGGUGCUGAAAAUGAAAAUCAAGAAAUGUCUGAUUGGGAAAAAUAUGCUGCUGAAGAAUAUGAUGUCUUGGUAGCAGAGGAAGCAGCUAGUGACCAGUGGAAUGAUUGUUAUGAACCAGAAUUGAACCCUGGAGACCAUCAGAAGACCAACUUACUAAAAUAUCAGAUGGAGAAAAGGCCUUUCUUUGACAUGCCUUCUCAUUUGGCUGAUGUUGACUUGGACGAGUAUGAGUAUGAGGAAGACUUCGAAUGAAUUGAGCUGCCUAGGUUGGACAAGAAUGAAUAAGAACUGUCUGCAGCUGGUCUGCUGAAUCUGUGUAGAGCUUUGUUUCCAGAAAAAGAGUAAACUUAACGGUUUGGCUGCAAGGUUAAUAUUUUAAUCCUUUAGAUAAUAUUUUGAAAAAGUGAGUUUGUAUGGAAUGAUGCCUUUUGUAUUUUUCAACAGAUUGUCGACUGUAAAGUACUUAAAUUAUUUAUAGAUAGGUUAUUUUUUUUCUUUAAGGACUUGCAACGUAUCUUAGUGUUUAAAGUAAAUUUUCUCGACUUGUUCAUUUUUAUACAACACUAGAAUUCUUCCUAAUUUCUACUUGUAUGUGACAGCUGAGGCCAGAGGUUGUUGCUCUUGCAGCCUCUUAGCAGAAAUACGGCAACUUCACUGGAGUUCAAAGAGAAAAGGGUCACAGCCAAGAGCUGAACAUUGUGGCUGAUUUCUGACGCGAAGAGCCAUUGCUUAGGCAAGCUGGAUUCACUGGUGCACCUAGCAAAGUAUGUCAUGCUCUGAAACAACCUGUUCCCUUUCCUGUCUUUCCCCUGCCUUGUUCCUUCUCAUUUUGUUCUCUUGAUGCCCAUUACAGCAGAAGCUUUUAUCUCUCACACAACUGCAGCGGCUAUUUUUAUUCCCAUGUCAAAGGAACCAAUUUUUAAACAUGUAAGUUUUACUUGAUUUGUUAUGUGCACUAACCUUGUGAUGGGCAUUUCGUGUGUUUCUUCAAUGGUUAGCUAUUAACACAUUCCAUGAACAUUCAUACCAAUGGUUUCAGAACAGCUGAACAGUGUGAUGGUUGCUUGCCCACACAAGGUGAGAGAUUGCUUUCUGGACAAGCUAGACAUUACAGCUCCAGUUUUUUUGAAAAAAUCAUAACGGUUUGUAGUGCCUUAAUUGUCCCAUGUUCACUUGAGAAACGGAAUAUAAAGCAUUUAGAGCAACUCUUGUUAAGGUUUUCAUGUAAAGAGAAAACAAACGUAAGUUAUUUUGGUUGCAGUGUAUAUCGCUUGUGCAUUUAAAAUAUCAUGUCGUUAUUUUCAAAUAAAGGUUUUUUUUCCAUA